AUGGGUUCCAAUGCGAUUCAAGCUGCAUUGAUUUUUUUCUAUGUGACAUAUCUUGUAGCAACAAUACAGGGCGUUGAAGUUAACGUUAAAACAUCUGGUGCAAAAGGUGAUGACGAUGGCGAUGAUACUGCGGCUUUUAAGAAAGCUUGGGAUGAGGUAUGCAAAGCGACAGAGCCGAGCACGCUCAAGGUUCCGGAAGGCAAGUAUAGGUUGGGUCAGAUUGGGUUUCUAGGUCCUUGUAAGAGUGCCGUAACAUUUGAUGCGGAAGGUGCCAAAUUGAUCGCGCCAACUGAUCUCAAUCAGUUCAAAACAAAAGAUGGAUGGAUUUUGUUCAGCAUGAUUAAAGACUUUACGCUCUCCGGCGGUACUUAUAACGGCCAAGGUUCCGCCGCCUGGAAGAUAAACAAGUGUAAGGAGAAUAUGAAUAAUCCCCUUUGUAAAACCUCCCCAUUGUAA